CCUGUUUCCUAGUAACAAUAGGAAGUGUCCGCGGAGCCGGGGGAGACCUCGGGCUCGUGCCAGCUGAGCUCCCUUUCCUUUUCCCCUCCUUCCCCUUCCCUUUUCCCUCCCCACCUUCCCUUCCUCCCCUUCCUUGGCUUCCUGGCCCGAGCGCGCUUGCGCGUGGGUGAGAGACCCUUCCCCCCCCCUUCCUGGGGGGGGAACUUGAGCGGGCAUCGGGCGACUGACUACUCUCCUCUCCUCCUCCCCCUUCCCCUCCCCCUCCUUACCAAGCAGAACUCUUCGGCUGUUGGGGGGAGUUCUGGGGGAGGAGGAGAAGUAGUGGUCUUCAUUGUGCGCACGCGCGACCGGCCCACCAGCCUUCGUGAGACUCGGACACCCCCCCCCCCAGUCCCGUUCGACCGUUGCCCUAUAGGAACGAACGCUACCUGGUUGUCUUCUGCACCCUCCGACCUCCCUUCCCACCCCCCACCCCCCAAUUUAACUCUCAGUCCCUAGGGAAACGAAGGACUUUGGGCCCCUCCCAAUCAACUGACGAGCUGGAGGCAGGGAGCUCAGAGAGGGACCAGCGUCCUUUCCCCGCCCCCAGGGAGGCGAGAUCCUCAAUUGGAGAAUAGUGAUAGAGACUCUGAUUGGAUUCCCAGCAGCCUAAACAAGGACAAGAAGAUGCUAUUACCACCUGCCCGUGUUUCCUGAGCACUCUGCAGUUUGCCUCGCCACCUCAUGGAGGAUACCCCUGCCUUGAUCAGCUGCCCUGAUUGUCAGCGUCAUUUCCCCAGCCUCCCAGAACUGGCACGUCACCGUGAGCUGCUCCAUCACUCACCUCCAAGCAGGAAUGGUGAUGAGGCUGAUGGGAUCCCUCGGCCAUACCGAUGUGUACAGUGUGGGCGGGGUUAUCGUCAUGCAGGUAGUCUGGUCAAUCAUCGCCGAACCCAUGAGAUUGGCCGCUUUCCUUGUACUACAUGCAACAAGGACUUCUCCAAUCCUAUGGCCCUCAAGAGUCACCUGAGGACUCAUGCCCCUGAAGGCCGAAGGAGGCACAGGCCCCCCCGCCACAAAGAGGCCACAUCAUAUAGCCAGGGUCAGAUGACUACCACUGACAUUUUGGGGGGUAUGCCUGGUCCUGGGGAAAACUGGAACAGCCAGGCAGGCCAUGGACAAAAUAUACAUGUAUGGGAGGCUGGGCCUAAUCCUAGAGAAGCUUCUGGUACCUGGGAAAAGCCACCUGGACACAAGGAUGGCUGGGAGAACAGGACAGAUUCUAAGGAGAGUACAGAGGGAUGGGGAAAUACAUCAGGUCCCACAGAGGCCCCUGCUCUUCCUGCUCCAGCCAAUAGCCUUCUUAGCAAUUUAGAGCAGUAUUUAGCUGAAUCCAUGGUGGAUUUUACAGGGAGUGAGAGACCACCUCAGUCCCCCCCUGCUGAGGAUGAACGUCGAUAUAAGUGUGGACAAUGUGGCAAAGCCUAUAAACAUGCUGGAAGCCUGACCAACCACCGUCAGAGCCAUGCCUUAGGUGUCUACCCCUGUGCUGUAUGCUUCAAGGAGUUUUCUAACCUUAUGGCCCUAAAGAAUCAUUCUAGGUUACAUGCUCAGUAUAGGCCUUACCAGUGUCCUCGAUGCCCCCGGGCUUUCCGGCUGCCUAGUGAAUUGUUGGGACACCAACAAGCCCAUGAGGGAGAAGGGAAGGAACUACCAUGGGAAGAAAAAGGAGAGCCAUCUGCCAAUGGUCAUGGAGAAAGUAGUCAUGACAGAGAUCAGCUUCAUAGUACCAAGGAACCUAAUGCUUCCAGGGAGUUCAACACUUCUGGAGAGUUUGAUGGGGAGCUUAAUGAGGGUGGAGUAGAAGAAUAUAGGCCUUUCCGAUGUGCUGAUUGUGGCCGCACUUAUCGACAUGCUGGGAGCCUUAUCAAUCACCGGAAGAGUCAUGAGACUGGGGUCUAUCCCUGUCCAGUCUGCCCAAAGCAGUUGUUCAAUGCUGCAGCCCUCAAAAAUCAUUUGCGGGCUCAUCUUAAAACUCGUCGUAGUGGGGGGGAGGGGGAACAGCAUCAACCACCGCCUCCCACACCACUGCCUUCCCUGAUGACACCAACACCAGAGGUUGACCCAGAAGAGGAAGAAAAUCCUGCUACUCCAACUACAGACCAUCGCCCCUAUAAAUGCAAUGAGUGUGGGCGGGCUUAUCGUCACCGAGGAAGCCUGGUAAACCACCGACACAGCCAUCAGACUGGUGAAUAUCAGUGCUCCCUUUGCCCCCGCCAGUACCCAAAUCUCAUGGCCCUCCGCAAUCAUGUGAGGGUGCAUUUUAAGGCAGCACGACGCAAUGAGAGUCAAGGGAGAGAGGAACCACUCUGUCAUGAUGGGGAGGGUACUACACCCGGCCUAGAAAGAGAGGAUUCUACCCCUAGUCAAGAGGAAGAAUGCCCUGAAGAGGAGAAGGAACAGCAGACAACCCAAGGGGAAGAAGAUCCUAGUGAAGAAGGGACAAUGGACAGCCAUCCAGAAGUAGACAUGGCAGUGGCACAAAUAUGUGGUCUUUGUGGGAUGCUUUUUGAUGAUGUAGAGAGCUUAAAACAACAUGGACAAAUUCAUCAAGAAGGGGAGAGUAAUAGAGCUGAAUCAGCAGAGUCACCUCCAAGGACCUAUUCCUGUAGAGACUGUGGGAAAACUUAUCGACAUUCAGGAAGUCUCAUCAACCACAGACAGACCCACCAGACAGGUGACUUUGGUUGUGGGACAUGUGCCAAACACUUCCACACUGUGGCAGCCAUGAAGAGCCACUUACGACGUCAUAGCCGGAGAAGGAGCAAGAGGCACCAGCGGCAGAGUGCUGGAAUCACUGAGGGGAGCAGCCAUGGAAUGGUGGUGACAGAUAGAAACGAAUCUUCACCAGAGGACUAUCAGGACAAGGAUUUGGUUGUGAAAGAGGAAGAAAAAGAGAAAAAUGAUCUUCACAAAGAUGUGAAAGUGAAUGGAGUUAAUAUGGCCAAUGGCAAGUUGGAAAACAACGAAAACUAUUUUCAGGGUGAUAUUGAGAGAGACAAAUGUAAGCUAGAAAGAAAUGAGGCUUGCUUCCAGAGUAAUGAAGAGGGGAAAACCAAUGAAGAAGGACUGGGAGGGAAGGAGUCCUGUUUCUUUGGGCACCUAGGAACAAUAGGCAAUAAGGGAGGUGGUGGGGAUACUCCAGCUUUGGUAGAAGGGGAACAUAAACAGGAUAGCAUGUAUGAUACCAUUUCCCAUGGCCCUGAAGCUCUCAAUGGUUGGCGGACCUCUGGCCACCACACAUGUCAUGAUUGUGGGCGAUCUUUCCACCAUGCAGCUGGCUUACUGAACCAUCGACCUUGCCACCCACCAGGCAUCUACCAGUGUUCACUCUGCCCUAAGGAAUUUGAUUCACUCCCUGCCUUACGCAGCCAUUUUCAGAACCAUGGACCAGGAGAGGCCACAACAGGGCAGCCUUUUCUUUGUUGCCUCUGUGGCAUGAUCUUCCCUGGCCGAGCAGAUUAUAGACAGCAUAGAAGUCAGGCCCAUGAUUCCCCUGGUGAGAGUCAGGGUUCUUCAGAGGAUGAAGAGGAAGAGGCACUGGCCUCUAACUCUACUCCUUUGCAACUCUCAGAAGCAGAGCUACUGAACCAACUACAGCGGGAGGUAGAGGGACUGGAUGGGGCUGGCUAUGGGCACAUCUGUGCCUGCUGUGGCCAGACAUAUGAUGACCUAGGAAGUCUGGAACGCCACCAUCAGAGUCUAGGGAAUAUUUCUGUAGAUGGAAUGGAUGUGACACCUGCAGACAUAGGAGAGAAGAAUGGGAUGUCAGAGACAACUAUGGGUGAUAUUUCUGAGAGCACUGUGGACUCUAUCUCUCAAGAUGACACAGGCACUAUUUCUGGGGAGUGUUUAGACACUGUGUCCAAAGACAGUCUGGAAGCUGCAGGGACUGUGGACACAACCUCUGUAUUAGGGAUAGAAGGCACCAGUGUAGAAGCUGUUCCUGAGGCCCUCUCUCCUGCCCAGCCUCGUCCUUUUCAGUGUAGUCAGUGUGGUAAGACUUAUCGCCACGGUGGGAGCCUGGUAAACCACCGCAAGACUCACCAGACAGGAGACUUUGCAUGUCCCAUCUGUGCCCGAAGAUAUCCCAACUUGGCUGCCUACCGAAAUCACUUGCGGAAUCAUCCCCGUUGCAAAGGGGCAGAACCCCAGUUAGGUGUCAUCCCUGUGGUAGAAAACAAAGAAACACAGAAAGCAGCAGAGGCAGGACCAUUGCAGAUACCAUCAGAAGAACUGCAGAAAGAGGUUAAAGAGAAGGCAGUGGAAGAAAUACUCCUUAAGAAAGAGCCAGAGGAGACCACUGUGAAGCAGGAAGAAAUGCCACUAAAAGAUAAUGGCUUAGAAGAAGGGAAUUCAGAGAAGGAGGCUAGUAUGGAUCGUCCCUUUGGCUGUGAAUUGUGUGGUCGGACAUAUAAACAUGCUGGUAGCCUCAUCAACCAUCGACAAAGCCAUCAAACAGGACACUUUGGCUGCCAGGCCUGCUCCAAAGGUUUCUCUAAUCUCAUGGCUCUCAAGAACCACCGGCGUAUCCAUGCUGAACCCCGUCGCUUCCAUUGUGGAGAAUGUGGUAAAGCCUUUCGGUUGCGAAAACAGCUGGCUAACCAUCAGCGAGUGCAUGGGGAGCGGCGAAAUGGCAAUCCUGGAGGAGCUCGAAAGCUGCUGCCAAAAUCCCCCUCACUACCACGAGAAGAACGGCCUUUCCGUUGUGGACAGUGUGGGAGGACUUACCGGCAUGCUGGAAGCCUCCUGAACCAUCGUCGGAGCCAUGAGGUAGGGCAGUACAGCUGUCCAACCUGCCCUAAAACCUAUUCAAACCGUAUGGCACUCAAGAACCACCAGCGCCUACACUCAGAAAGUCGGAGGCGACGAACAGGAAGAGCAAGGAGGGGGGGUGGGCCUCGGGUAGCUGUGCGCUGUGCCCUUUGUAGCCGCAGUUUCCCUAGACGGGCAUCUCUGGAGAGGCAUCUAAGGGAGCAUGAGGAGGCCAGUAAGAGGGAGCUAGAUGUAAUUAAAGGACUUAGCCAAACAGCUGUCAAAGAUGAGAGUCAAGGAGAUAACAGUGAAUUAGAAGGAAGAUCAUGUGAUUUUGAACUUGGAGCUCAGGUUGAUAACCCAGCUAAGGGCACAGAAGAAUUAGGUCAGGGCCCCAGUGGGUUACCAGAUCAGGAAGAUAAUGGAGAGCCAUUGUCCUGGAUCACGAGGAAAACAGAUGGGUGGCAUAUUAAUGAGACUCCAGUGAGUAUACCAGGUAGCCAAAAGCAGGAUAGCUCUGGUGACUGUGGGUCUGGGAGUCCAUGCAGUCAGGAAGAUAAUCAACUUAAUGACCCAGACCUAAGUAGCUUAGAAGGCUGGGAUAGUGGACAGCCCCAGGACCAAGAUAGCAAUUCUCAAUCCCAGCUAGAACUCCGCCCUUUCUGCUGCGGACAGUGUGGCAAGACCUACCGGCAUGCAGGCAGUCUUCUGAACCACCGCAAUACCCACAAAACAGGCCGUUACCACUGUCAGCUCUGCUCUAAGGAAUUUUCAAAUCCCAUGGCUGCCAAAAACCAUGGUCGCAUUCACACGGCAACCCGUCGCUUCAUGUGCCCUCACUGUGGAAAAGCUUUCCGUGCCUCCCGUGAGCUGACCAGCCAUCAGCGAGCCCAUGCUAUGGGUCAAGGCCAGGCCCCACAGACAGAAGGAGCUGAGGGGCAAGAGGUUGAGACUAAAGGGGAUGUGGAAGAUGAGUAUGUGUCAGGCCAAGCGGAGACCCAUAAAACCACCAAAGAAAUAUCAGGGUCUGAGACAGCUGUGAAGGAGGCAAGAGAAGCAGGGCUAAAACAAGCUGCAGAAGAAGAGCGUCCCUUCUGUUGUACCCAAUGUGGGCGCUCUUAUCGUCAUGCUGGCAGCCUGUUGAACCACCAAAAAGCGCAUGCCACAGGUCUUUAUCCUUGUUCCCUCUGCCCCAAGCUACUGCCUAACCUGCUGGCCCUCAAGAAUCAUGGAAGGACACACACAGACCCUAAGCGCCAUCGCUGCGGAGUCUGUGGCAAAGCCUUUCGGACAGCAGCCCGACUGGAAGGCCAUAGGAGGGUCCAUGCACCUCGGGAGGGACCCUUCUCCUGCUCGCAUUGCCCUCGCCGCUUCCGUCGCCAAAUCAGCUUCUUGCAGCACCAGCAACAACACAAGGAGGAGUGGACAAAGCCUGACACUGGAGACACACAGUCACCUACAGCAGGAGGUGGGGAUCUCUCAUCUCCCCUCCAUCCACCCCCAUGACUCUUGGCCUAGACCCUUCACUUCAGUGGCCUCCAGACCUCGGCUUAUCCCUCUGAACUGUUUCAUCCAAAGACUGGGACAUCGGGGUUCUUAUUUCUGCUUUUAACUCAGGAGAGUUUGGAAAUCCUGAUCUCUCCUGUCAUCCUCUUGGGAAGGCCUCAGGAGAUUUGACAGGAUAGAAUAUAGUUAGAGAUGCUUUCUUUCCCUUCCUUCCAAUGAAAGAUCCAGGAGGCUGGAAAAUCCCAACCCUGGAGAAGAUGUUUUUGCCCCACCCCCUUGCCAUUUCUCUCUGGCUCCCAUCUUCUGCUGUAUGGGGCUAAUAUUCCAGGAUGCUGGUUGUCCAGUUUUUAGGAAAGGAUUAGAACUGACCUGAGUUCUUUUUCCCUUCUCUUCCUCAGCAUCAAGGACCCUAGGUCUACUGUCUGGGUCAUUGGAAAGAGAAAUCUAGGACAAAGGAACCUUGGAGUCUUAAGAAUGAAGGGGAGAGAAAAACCUAGGUUCAAGGAAGAUGUCUAGACUCCCAAAGAGGGAGAAGGGAACAGAUUUCUCCCUUGAGGGAAAAGCCUUUUGCUACAAUUUGUAACUUAUUUUCUAAAGUCUAUUUUGUAAGGUUUUAUUUAAGUUUUAAAAAAGGGAAAAUUUGCUCCAAAAAAAGGAAAUUUUAA